UGACGUCAUCGUUCUAAAUUCAAAGGGACGGUUGUAUAUAAUAUCCCGCAGUGACAUGUAACCAUGAAUCGUCUUACAAUACUCAGGCCAUUUACAGUCGCUGUCGGAUUAUACAGAGCCGUCGUCGGAAUCGUUAUUAGGCUUGUUAUUUUACUACUGGCACCGGUUAUUCCGCCGCUCAAGAGGUCUCUCCUUAACAAAAUCAGCAACAUAAUAGGAGACAACGUCGUGACACCCGAGAACAGCCUGAAAUCAGCGUACUCCUUCCGUGCACUGAAAAUCAUGUGGAGGGACUUCAAAUACGACGCAUUGAAGACUGCUUGGUGUGGUUACCCUGCACCCGAUUCUCCCGUCUGGACACCAGAUGGCGCCGCGAGGAUCAGUCUCCUUGACGCCAUGAAGCCAGGACGCCCUCUGGUGAUCAACUUUGGCAGCUGCACCUGA